AUGCGUGCCACAAUUCAGAGAAAUUACCAAAGAGUGCCAAGUCAAGAUUCUGAGGUUGUGGAAAAAUCUCCUGGCUUGUCAACAUCUAAAGCUGCUAUAAUAGUUGGAUUUAUAUUUUUAUCUUCCAUUAUUGCAUUAGGAUUUGUAUAUAGACAAUUUCCUGACCUAGAAGAGAAUGAAAGACAACAUUUAAAGUUACCAUGGGAUCUUGAAGAUGCUAAACAUUUAGGUCUUGUUUUAGACAGAUAUAAGGACAAGUACUUUUAUGAAGUACUACUAGGAGUAUUUUUAGUGUACAUAUUUCUGCAAACUUUUGCAAUUCCAGGAUCCUUAUUUCUGAGUAUACUUUCAGGAUUUCUAUUUCCAUUUUACUUUGCUUUACUACUUGUAUGUUGCUGUUCUGCAAUCGGAGCAAGUUUAUGUUUCUUUUUAUCUAAUAUACUUGGUAAAAAGGUAGUGAAGAAAUUCUUUCCUGAGCGAGCAGCACAGUGGUCAAAGGCUGUUGAGAAGCACAAAAACAAUUUGCUCAAUUAUAUGAUAUUCUUAAGGGUAACACCAUUCUUACCAAACUGGUUCAUAAAUUUGACUGCACCCGUAAUUGGUGUACCACUGUUUCCAUUUGCAUUGGGGACCUUUAUUGGUGUAGCACCACCAUCCUUCGUUGCAAUUCAAGCGGGUCAAACCUUACACACAUUGACCUCAACACGAGACGCGUGGUCUUGGACUUCAGUCACAGUGCUAUCACUUUUUGCUAUCAUAUCACUUAUACCAGUUUUGCUCAAGCAGAAGCUAAAGGAAAAAUUUGAAUGA